AUGUCUGGGGACUACGAAGAUGAUCUCUGCCGGCGGGCCCUCAUCCUGGUCUCAGACCUCUGUGCGCGGGUCCGGGAUGCCGACACCAGUGACAGGUGCCAGGAGUUCAAUGAACUGCGAAUCCGAGGCUAUCCCCGGGGCCCAGAUGCAGACAUCUCGGUGAGCCUGCUGUCAGUCAUCGUGACAUUCUGUGGCAUUGUUCUUCUGGGCGUCUCCCUCUUCGUGUCCUGGAAGUUGUGCUGGGUGCCCUGGAGGGACAAGGGAGGCUCAGCAGUGGUUGGUGGCCCCCUGCGCAAAGACCUAGGCCCUGGGGUUGGGCUGGCGGGCCUGGUAGGCGGCGGAGGGCACCACCUGGGAGCUGGCUUAGGCGACCAUCCUCUUCUGGGUGGCCCACACCACACGGCCCACCAUCCACCCUUCGCUGAGCUGCUGGAGCCGGGCAGCCUGGGGGGUGCCGAGCCCCGACCCUCGUACUUGGACAUGGACUCAUAUCCAGAGGCCGCCGCGGCAGCUAUGGUGGCUGCUGGAGUGAAACCGAGCCAGACGUCUCCUGAGCUGCCCUCCGAGAGCGGGGCCGGCUCCGGGCUGCUCCUGCUGCCCCCUAGUGGUGGGGGCCUGCCCAGUGCGCAGUCCCAUCAGCAAGUCACAAGCCUUGCACCCACUACCAGGUACCCAGCCCUGCCCCGGCCCCUCACCCAGCAGACCCUCACCACCCAGCCGGACCCCAGCAGUGAGGAGCGGCCUCCUGCCCUACCAUUACCCUUGCCAGGCGAAGAGAAAGCCAAACUCAUCGGGCAGAUCAAGCCGGAGCUGUACCAGGGCACCGGGCCCGGUGGCCGGCGGGGCGGGAGCUCAGGAGAGGCUGGGGCUCCCUGCGGCCGCAUCAGCUUUGCCCUGCGGUACCUGUAUGGCUCCGACCAGCUCGUGGUGCGAAUCCUGCAGGCCCUGGAUCUCCCAGCCAAGGACUCCAACGGCUUCUCCGACCCGUACGUCAAGAUCUACCUGUUGCCGGACCGCAAGAAAAAAUUCCAGACCAAGGUGCACAGGAAGACACUGAACCCCGUCUUCAACGAGACGUUUCAGUUCUCCGUGCCCCUGGCUGAGCUGGCCCAGCGCAAGCUGCACUUCAGCGUCUAUGACUUUGACCGCUUCUCGCGGCACGACCUCAUCGGCCAGGUGGUGCUGGACAACCUGCUGGAGCUGGCCGAGCAGCCUCCCGACCGCCCACUCUGGAGGGACAUCGUGGAGGGUGGCUCGGAAAAGGCAGAUCUCGGGGAGCUCAACUUCUCCCUCUGCUACCUCCCCACGGCCGGGCGCCUAACUGUCACCAUUAUCAAAGCCUCCAACCUCAAAGCCAUGGACCUUACUGGCUUCUCUGACCCCUAUGUGAAGGCUUCUCUGAUCAGCGAGGGGCGGCGUCUGAAGAAGCGGAAAACAUCCAUUAAGAAGAACACUCUGAACCCCACAUACAAUGAGGCGCUGGUGUUCGACGUGGCCCCCGAGAGCGUAGAGAACGUGGGGCUCAGCAUCGCCGUGGUGGACUACGACUGCAUCGGUCACAACGAGGUGAUAGGCGUGUGCCGCGUGGGCCCCGAAGCCGCCGACCCCCACGGCCGGGAGCACUGGGCGGAGAUGCUGGCGAAUCCCCGCAAGCCAGUGGAACACUGGCAUCAGCUUGUGGAGGAAAAGACUUUGACCAGCUUCACAAAAGGUGGCAAGGGACUAUCGGAGAAGGAGAACUCAGAGUGA